GACAUAUAUAUAUUUAUUUCUGUCUAUGCAGUGGUCCCAAUGUCUGAUCCAUGAAGUGGAUAUGAGACACUAUAUAAGGAAACUAAACAAUAUUUAAUGUUAUUUUUAAGUGAGGCUUGACCCUGUAUCUGGUCAAGAGAUGGUACAUCCGUACUAUGUUUGGACUAAACUUUUUCAGCCUUGUGUUACAAACCAUUUUUAUAACUGAACAGACAGCUACAGUUCUUGCAACACGAGAGCCGGAACCAAAGGGAGUGUCUAAUUUUGGGAAAAGAUUUGUCGUGGCCUUGCCUGGACAAAAGGGUCAGCGGAGAUUAUUUGCCAACUUUGUUUUGUUUACCCUGGAAUAUGGUAAUUUUAAUGUCACAUUAUCUACCAAAUGGUCGAACCAGAGUACGGACUAUAACUAUACCAUUACUAAUGGAAGACCAGCUCGAGCCAGACUUAGUCAUGAAUUCGUUGGGUUUGAAAAGUACGGUCAAAAGGGCAAUAGCUAUGCACUGCAAGCCAACUACAGAUUCUCAUGCCAGGUUUUUCUGGAGAAUAAAGCUCACUUCAAUAUUUCGGCUCAUUUCUUGGCAUUGCCCAUGGAGGGAUGGGGACAAUGGUAUCUCCUGUUGACCACAAAUUCUAAUCCUUCCGUUCAAGUUGUCAACGGUCUCUCAGAGCAAAGGGUUCAAAUAUUGGCUCCUAUAAGAGAAAAAUCAGUUUUACGUCAUUUCGGAUAUCAAAGAGAGGCGUAUGGAUUUUAUUUAUUAAGUGAAGAAUCCUGGAGCUUACAGCUUUGCACUGAGAAAGUCUGGGCUUCGUCUCUGUCAGGGUACAAAGUUCAGGGGACUAGCCCGUAUGGCGUCAUUACCGGAAGUUGUUUUGAUGAAGAGGUAUAUCUCGCUUCAGACCCAGGCUGUAGACCAGACAUCAACUUAGACAUGCUGUUUCCCAUCUCAAAGUACGCCACGAAAUUCAUUGUUACCAAGCCUGUGAAAUUCGAGGGGCACUUGAAGAUCGUUGUCGCCAAAGCGAAAACUCAAAUCUCUGUCGACGGCGAAACAAUCAACAAGAACUUCACUUCGCAGCGCGAUCUAGAGCUGAUAAGUUUUGAGAAGGAGAACAUGGUGGGACCACAUUUCAUUAUGUCGACAGGAGCGAUAACUGUUGCCUUCUUCGUCAUCACAACUUGCAAGUCUAACAGUUACGUAGAGAUUGCGUCCACCAUCUUUGUACCUACUGGACUGUACAUGGACAACUAUUACUGGACAAUCUACAAAGAAGAAACCAUGAAGAAUUACUUACUAAUGAUAGCAAGAAUUUGGGAUUUAGAUUUUGUUUACAUCAAUGGCUAUCACAUAGAGAGUUCACCAGCUAGCAACAUCUGCACUUUAUUAAACUACACAUCGUACUACAACGAAAAAACUACCAUACGGAAGGCAGGAUUGUGGUUAGGUGCGGAAUACCAGCUACUAUUAGACGGCUACCAUCAACUGUACAACAAGAACGGUCUAAGACUUUCAGUAUUCCUCUAUGGUCGCAGAGAUAGGGCCACGUAUAUCUAUCCUGCUGGGUUCGUAGUCCCGCCCGAAAGUCUGAGCACGUGCGAAGAUACUACUUCCGGUCAGACAGAAGGUGACCUCAUUGACAAUGACUGCGAUGGCUACAUUGACGAGGAGCAUCGUGACCAUGAAGAUGACGACGGCGAUGACAGAAUAGACGAAGAUAAAGGCAAAUCUCCACUAGUGAACGGACAUUGGGCGGAGUGGAAAGGUUGGCAGUGUGAAAGUACUUUUGCGACAACCGCACACAGAAGCAGAUACUGCGAUGACCCACCUCCAUACAACGGAGGUAUGCCUUGCUCCGGCUCUGACGUCGAUGUAUUGAGUAAUAUUAAUUGUACCAACAUUGAAUCUGCUGUUAUAGUGGAUCCUUCUCGGCUAAUUAACGCUAUAUACUGCCAGCGACGUUAUGACGGGGUCACCACAGCAUACAUUGAAUGGGGCUGUUAUGACGGACGUGAUUAUGUGAACUUUCAAUGCCGCUACAACCCACCACUUUAUUUGAUAAAUAAGGAUUGUAUGUCUUGUAGCCCUAUACUGGGACGUCAAUUUGGUUGGACUCGGUUUGGUAGUAUCGAUGAGGACGGUAAUCAAGUUCUUUCAGUCACACGAAGGACACACUUACACACUAUCGAUGGAAAGUUAUGUCAAAGUGAUGACCCAGCCAUUUACAGAAACCAAAGCUGCUAUAUCUGCCAUGACUAUUUCUAUACUGCUGAGGCCAACAGGUUGGCAAUACCCAUGACUACAACCAUUGCUACUAGAACUACUACUACAACACAGACUAGCUCAGUGAUCUCACCUCUGACCCCUAAACAAUCUCCGGAAAAAACAAGCAACAUGACAACGUCACCAUCUACAAGCAGAACUCUAGCACCUCGAGCAACAGUAAAAAUUGUGACAGAGGCCAAACUACUUUAUGGCUACUGGGGUGCCUGGUCUGCUUGGAGUUGCUUACCGAACUGCUCUGUAAGAAAUAUAGUCCGUACAAGACCUUGCCUGGAUCCACCGCAAGGUCCGCGUGAUUUUAAUUGCCCAGGAUUCGCCUACCAGCUCGGGGACAAGACAUCUUGCAAUGAACAGUGCGCCACAAACUGCUCUAAAGGUCGGUGGGGCUUCAAUUGCUCCAAGUCUUGCAUCAACUGUGAAACUGCGUGUGACAAAGACACAGGCAGCUGCGCGGUGUGUAACCCAGGAUAUCGUUACCCCAGCACAGCAUGCGAUCAAGAGUGCGGUCCCUUUACUUUCGGUCGUGGUUGCUCGGGAGACUGCAGCACCAUCUGUCGUGGGAAAGACUGUAUUGAGAGAAGGCUUGGCACUUGCCCUGCCUGGAUACUUUACUGGAAAUCAAAGAUUGGAUAUUUCAUUUUUGUAGUCUGUAUCAUCAUAACGGCUCUCCUUUACAAGUUGAGUGGCAGACGUCCACCACAGAAGUACACAACGGAAGAGGACGCUGUGAUCAAUGAAGGCCGUGAAGUAUUUGAUGGUCUUUAACCUCCGCCUGGGCUGCUGGGGCUACCUUACUAGGGCACACUGACAUCUAGGAUAGACCAGAGACCUCUGACUUUUAAAAGAACAGAGCACAAGCGUUUUUGACACAGUCAAUGGUUCUUAUCGAUAGUGUUAAAAAGAAAACUUCACUCCUGGUUUGUCAUCGCCGCAAUCCCAUAAAUCAUUGUGAUAAUCACCAAUCGCCUAGAUGACAUGUUGUAUCUAUUUAAUGACAUGUUGAGGUGUCUUAUAGGUGUCUUAUUGGUACUUACUCUAUUUCAUUAGUACACAAAAGGCAUUUGACAUGUUUGUUUAAUGUGUUUGAAUAUUGUAUGGUAAUGUUUGUUUUUUUCCUAUCAUUAACUUGAAUAAUAAAGUGUUUAUUUUUU